AUGCUCACUGCUGCUGAAGACGCACAUGAGAAAUUUACAUCUGUUCGUAAACGCUUGGAUCAGCUUGGGUAUCGUCAACCACUUGGAAUCGAUAGUCUUCCAUUGGUAGAGCGUUUACUCGCAGACUUAAUUUGGACAACAGAAAAUUUGAGAAAAGUGAAAUUGGAGCUUGAAAAACGUAUUGAAAUCAGAAAUUGUGUGGAAGAUUAUGUUGCUCCAUACAAGUCUGAUAAUGCAAAACUCGUAAAAGAGAAUAAUGAACUUCAUACAAGAUUAAAAGCUGACCUACGUCGUAUUGAUAAUGAUAAGCAAGAUCUUACGUUUUUUAAUACUCAAUGUCUCGGGAAACUAAAAUCCUACGAAAUAGAAGCCCAAGAAAUGGCUAAAAUGAUUAUGGCUUUUCAAGGGAAGAAUUUUAACGCCGUUGUGAACGUCUCAGGCAAGCAAAAGCCUUCCCUUAGACGACAGAGAAUGGAUAUCGAUACUUUACUACCCUUACGCGAAGAAUCUGGUAAAUAUUGUUGUAAAGUCGCUAAAUUCUGGGCCGAUACUGAAAAAGAUUUUGAACCCAAAAGCAUUGAUUUAGUUGCUUCAACGACUAGACAAUGCGAGGUUCUCGAACAACAAAUUUCAUUUCUGGAAUCACAACUUGAAUUGGAUCGGCGAAAGGUCGACAAUUUCAGGCAACAACUGACGCUGCGCGAUGCUGAAAUAGAUCGUCUUCGGGCUGUAUGCGAAGGUGGAAGGCCUCUUGAAGCUCUAAUUAAGGAUACCGCUCAUGUGCAUGCUGAUAGACUCAUCCGUCAACUACAACUGCAAGUUGAAAUUCUGCAAUCUCGAAAUGAUGAACUCGAGGCACGUGUAUUUCGGCUUGUUAAAGAUCAUGUUGAGCCGGGUUUUGAGACCAUGGGAAAGGAGAAUUCAAACUCGAUUCCUGGGCAUAUUAAUGAGAUUCCUGUGAGCACUAAAGGCAAAAAGCAGCAUCUAUCCAAGGAAUCUCCUAUACAUUCUGAUUCUACUGAGAUAAACAAUUCUACCCGACAGAUACAGCCUCCAUCCCAAAAUCGAGGUGACAACAAGGAUUUGAAAUUCGAUUCGCGAUCCCCUAACUCUAAUUUGCAAUCAGGCGAAAAUGAGCUAAGUGAAGUACGAUAUGAGGUUGGUCCCGACGAUAUUCGAGAGCUUAUUCAACAUUUUGAUAAAAAUCGUUUGCAACUCUCCAAACGUAUUGAUGAGCUACUUCAAAGAGGCAAUCUUUGUCCCUGUCAUCUGAGGGCCACAUAG